AUGUCGCGCGCAUGCUGGCUGUGCACGAAGGAGGGGACAUGCUUGAUCAAGCAACCGGGCGAGACCUACGACGACUUCGCCAGCUCCAAGCCCGACAGCGAGUGCCACUACGUCGUCUUCGACUUGGACUUGAACAUUUUUUAUGCCUGUGGGAGCAGUGGCGUGAGAUAUGCAGAGUUUCGGAAUACUAGGCUGGAGAGAUCAGAGGCGCUGAAAAAUGAUCUGGAAUGGUUCAGGCAACAGGGUCACACAAUUCCAAAACCAUCGGCCCCUAGCACCACAUACGCUUCUCUACUGGAAGAUCUGUCUGAGGAGGACCCCCAGGCCUUUAUCUGCCAUUUCUAUAACGUGUACUUUGCUCAUACUGCUGGAGGCCGAAUGAUUGGCAAAAAGGUUUCCGAGAAGAUUCUGAACAACAAAGAGCUGGAGUUCUACAAGUGGGAGGGCAAUCUCUCCCAGCUGCUGCAGAACGUCCGCAACAAGCUUAACCAAGUCGCUUCGAGCUGGUCUCGGGAGGAGAAGGACCACUGCCUGGAGGAGACGGAGAAGUCGUUCUCUUACUCAGGAGGCCUCCUCCGCCAUAUAUUCACCUGAUCUAUCAUUGCCGGUUGAUCCAGUCUCAAACGCUGUAAAUACAUAGUCCUCUUGACUGUUAAAACUUUAUUACUGGUGAGGGGGAUCUCCUCCCCCAGGUACGGUUUACCUGCAUUCAAGUUGCCUAG